UACCCCAAAAUAGAUAGAAUAAAAUAAUCUAUCUUUGAUGAGCAACUACUUCAUGUUUGAUAUUUUAAUUCUGUUAAUUUAGAGAAAUCCAAAUCAACAACAACAGCAGCAGCAGCAGCAACAACAACAACAACAGAUGUAUCCACGUUUUUAG